AUGGUGCACCUCUCUUCAGCCCUCCUCCUCGCCUCGACGGCCUUCGCGGCCGCCGCCCCAGCCUACAACGAGGUCUUCGCCCGGCAGGACACCUGCUCCGUCUCCUCGAACUAUGGCACCGUCAACCAAGCCAAGCUGCCCGACCCUUUCACGACCGCCUCGGGCCAGAAAGUCACCACCAAGGCCGACUUCGAGUGCCGUCGUAAGGAGAUCUCCAAGAUCAUGCAGCAAUACGAACUCGGCGAGUACCCCCCGCCGCCCGACAAGGUCGAGGGCAGCAUGAGCGGCAACAGCAUCACCGUGCGCGUCACCGCCAACGGCAAGACUAUUUCCUACUCCGCUAGCAUCCGUAAGCCGUCGGGGCAGGGCCCCUUCCCGGCUAUUAUUGGCAUCGGCGGCAUUUCUGUGCCUGUUCCGAGCAACGUCGCGACAAUUACUUUCAACAACGACGAGUUCGCCGCCCAGGCCGGCGGGGGCUCCCGCGGCCGCGGCAAGUUUUACGACCUCUUUGGCUCCUCGCACUCCGCCGGCUCGCUCACGGCUUGGGCGUGGGGCGUCGACAGGCUGAUCGACGCCCUUGAACAAGUCGGCCCUGCGGCCUCCGGUAUAGACACCAAGCGUCUCGGCGUGACAGGCUGCUCGCGCAACGGCAAGGGCGCGUUCAUCACGGGGGCGUUUGUGGACCGCAUCGCGCUCACAAUCCCCCAAGAAUCGGGUGCGGGAGGCGCCGCCUGUUGGCGGAUUAGUGACCAACAAAAGUCGAGCGGCGCAAAUAUCCAGACCGCGUCGCAGAUUGUGACCGAGAACCCGUGGUUUAGUCGGAAUUUUGACCAGUGGACGCGGAGCAUCACGACGAUUCCGCAGGAUCAUCACUUCCUCGCGGCAAUGAUCGUUCCGCGCGGGCUGGCCGUGUUCGAGAAUAAUAUCGACUGGUUGGGUCCUGUGUCCACGACGGGAUGCAUGCGUGCUGGUAGGGCCAUUUACAAAGCCUAUGGCGUGCCGAAUAAUAUGGGCUUCUCGCUCAUUGGCGGACAUAACCAUUGCAUGUUCCCCAGCGGGCAGAAUAGCGAGAUUAAUCAGUUUAUUAACUACUUCUUGUUGGGGAGUGGGAGCGCGCCUGGGCAGGUGGAUAGGAGUGUGGCGAAUGUGGAUGUUAAUAGUUGGGCGCCUUGGGCUUCGAGUGCGCCGACUCUGUCUUAG